AUGAGAUCAAUGGUUGAACGUUGCGAGAAGAAGCGUCUCUUCGUUUGCUGUGAUGGUACAUGGCAGAAUGCCUCAGGAUCCGUCGCACCUCUCACAAACGUGGCAAAGCUCGCCCGGGCCGUUUAUCGGUUGGGUGAAGACCAUUUUCAAGUCCCCGAAGGAGACCAUAAUAUCGAUACCGACUGGGGUUCAGGAGCAGAGCAUGAUCGGUAUGGUGUUGUGCGUCAAAUAGUAUAUUACUCAAGCGGAGUCGGGGCUGCGUCGUCCUUAUGGAGCGACAGCAGCUUUGCAGGAGCUACAGGGAAGGGCAACAAGACAGGACUGACCAAAAACAUGCUCGAUGCUUAUUGUUUUAUCUGCAACAACUACAACUUCCUCUCUCUCCAGGACGAGAUCAUUCUUGUUGGAUUCUCGCGAGGCGCUUUCACUGUUCGAUGUCUGGCACAUUUCAUCAGUGCAUUUGGUCUACUUCGACGAAAGGGUCUCGUAUUUCUUCGAAAGGUUUACCGGUCAUGGAAGGAGGGAGAGGGCAUUAUAAACCCUAAGCUCUUAGACGCACUACACCAGUUAUAUUACCCAGUCAGAAUCAAGGUGCUCGCCGAAUGGGACACAGUAAGUGCGAUGGGGUGUAGAAACAAAUUCUCAUUUGUCAAUAGUAGCGUCCCAGAGAAAGUCGAUCACGCCUUCCUUGCGCUGUCUCUCCAUGAGAAAAGGAAAAGUUUCCAACCAGAAUUGUGGAAGACUACAGCUGGCAAAUAUACAACGGUCGAGCAGUGUGCCUUCACCGGUUGCCACUCAGACAUCGGUGGUGGAAACCGUGAUCCCGGCCUCUCCACGGUAGCCCUGCUCUGGAUGGUUUCAAAAAUCAGGCGCGCAAGCUCGGCCAAAUUUGACGACGCAACUUUACUUCAGUUCCUGACGCCGCUUCAAGAAAAAUCGCUGAGGCCUUGGGGAAAACCGCCAAUGAGGCUCUGGAAUCUUGCAUCCACAAAAGGUACGUGA